AUGGCCUUCUUUGAUCCUUUCGAAAGAUUUUUGGAUCCUUUUUAUGAUCCAACCUUUGAUUUGAGUCUUCCUUAUGUUUUUGUGAAUGAUUUGACUACACCUUCCGAUCGACUUGAUAAAUCGUGGAAUCGUGAUCGAUGGGGAAACCGUGAUAGAUGGGAUAGAACAGGCUGGGGCGAUCGAGAAGCACGACGUCGUGUGCCUAUUCAGGAUCGCAUACCGCGUCACGUUGAUUCGCGUGUUAUGACUGAGAGAGAAGGAGACGUUGUUUGGAGACCCGCCACUGACGUUUUUGAGACUUCUGAUUACUUUAUUGUCCAUAUUGACUUACCCGGUGUUCCUAAAGAAGAUAUUUCGAUCGAUCUUCGUGAUCGUGAACUAAUUGUUCAGGGUGAUUCCAAAGGCUUUAAUUAUGAAUGUGCUACAUCGCGUGUUCGUGAACGUAACAUUGGGCGCUUCCGAAAACACGUCUAUUUGCCUCGUGACAUUUCCAUUGCUAAAGAAGAUAUCGACGCAAAUUAUCAGGAUGGAUUGCUUGAAUUAAAG